CUGUCGAGCCGAGCGAACAGUUUAUACAAAAUGUCUGCCUCCACGAUGAACUGAUGCCCUGGUAUUCGCUUUGGAUAUUUGGCAAUUUGAGGAAAUUUAUACAAACAACUCAACGCAGUUUUCACGACAAAAAGCAUCAUCAUGUCGGUAUUCAGAUGUUGUCAGGUCGGAUGUCGCCGUGCGCUUUACACUUGUAGCGGUCGAUUUGAGUUCACGGUCUUACGUCCAUCAUGUGCUUUGCUGGGUGUCCGCCCAAUGUCGUCUGUAAUAAUACCAGAAUCAAAAACUCUUCAUACAAAAACAGAAGACCACAUUAUCAAGUCACAACCGUACCUAAAAUUUAGGAAUUUAUCCAGACAUUCAUCCACAAGCACUGAAGGAGCACCUGAAGGCACUUUGAUCUACACCGGGCCAGUAACGGGCAUCGUCAAAGCAGUUAAAUUCUUUUCGCUUUCCACCAGUAUGAUGACAGCCGCGAUAUUACCAUGGUAUUUAAAAGUUGCUGGUAAUGAUGUCCUUACAUACAUUGCAAGUCUUCUUGGAAUAGCCGUGUUUAUCACGCCAGUUUUAUUACAUGCUUUAGCAAGGACCUAUGUCACACGAAUGUACUACAAUGCUGCGACUGACACAUACACUGCCGUUACUGUAACAUUCAUCUUGCGUGACAAAUACAUGGCUUUCACUCCCAAUGACGUUGAAGUUCCUGGUAUUACAAACUUACUGACAACUUUCAAAGCAAAAGGUCGCUCACUGUUAGUUGAUCCCAUGGCGUUUACUAAUCCUAAUGAUUAUAACCAUAUAAUGGGAUAUGAUAAGUUUGAGAGGAUAGACUUGGAAAAACUGAAAAAAGAAUUGGAAGAAAAAGAAGACUAA